GUUAUUAUUCGAUUAAUAUCAGAAGCGACAUCGAUUAAUAUUAGAAGCGACAUGGCUGAUGCAACGGAACAUGAAUGGGAAUUAAGUCGCGAAAAUAUUCGACCGCUCAGAAGUGGUCGGAAGGUCAAAUCUAUAAAUAAUGUGUUUGGUGGUGUCAAAAUCACAAUGACCGAAGCAGAAAAGCGCUUCGAAAGCGACUUUGAACAAGCAAAAGCAUCAGACGACCCACUGGAUAUAUGUUUGCACCAUGUAACUUGGUUCGAGGAACACUUCCCAACAGGGAAGCAGUCGCACCUUUUUUCAAUACUAACGCGCAUAAUCAAUACUUUUGGUUACCGUGAAGAGUUUCUGAACGAUGAAAGGAUGCUCAAAUUUUGGAUAAAAUUAAUUGAGAACAAAUCUGAUGCGAAUGUGGAUGCAUUCUUUGAACGUGCUUAUCUUGCCGGUUGUUGUCGUCGUUUGGCCAAAUUUUAUGUUAGAUGGGCUGAAAUCCGUGAAAAUCAACGUGAUAUAAAUGGAGCACGAAUAGUUCUUAAACGUGGUCGGGACCACUGCGCUGAACCACUGGAAUUAUUAAAUGAAGCAUCAGAUGCCUUGGAAAUGCGGCAAAUUCGUGCACUGCGAAACUUCAGUGAUAGCGAAAAUGAUUUGAUUGAUGAAGGUGAACUGAGUGCCCAACGACUAGCACUUGGUCAACUAACCGGUUUGGGGCCAAAUCUUGAAGCUCCAGUAUUUCGGGAUACGUCUAAAAGACCAGGUAGUUUGCAUCCUGGUACUCGAUCACGUCGUUUGGAAGGUGGAAAGACAGGAAAUGCCUUUCAAGUCUAUCAGGGUGAAGAAGCAUUUGAUGAUGAGAAUUUGUUGGUACCAAAAUGUUUCGGUGAUAACUUGGCUCGUGUGGCUUUUGUGCAAAAUAGUUGGGAUCCGACCAAAUGGAACGAUGCACGAAUUGAUGGUAUACCGAAAAAAAGAAAUGAAAUACAUCGGGCUGCUUUCACGGUUUUCAAUGAAGAUGAGGAAGAGGCAAAGGAUCGAAAGCAACCGAGCAGACGUGCACGGUUAUUUAUAUCAAACAAGGUUAUUUCGAUGGAAGAACUGUUUGCAGAACGGUUCCAAUUAUAGCUUUUCACUUUGUUAAGAUUACAACUUUUACUGCGUUACUGCCUGUGUCUUGUUUCACUUAUACUAUUUACUCAAAUUUUUAUUGAUUUAUAUACGAAUUACCUGUAUUAUCUGUAUGUAACUUGUUUUUCUUCAAAUGAUGAUUUUUUCUUGUCAAGUAACG